GGGAAGGGGGUCGUGACUGUCACGACAGAGCAGGGCUGAGGGCCCAGCGUGGGCCGGAGCCCCUACGCGGCCCGCGGCGGCGCCUCGGCGGGUGGGCCCCGCGGCGUCAGGGCGGUGGCAGUUAUGUGUCUGGGGCCGGCGCUCCCCGCCAUGGCGGGGGCGGCGCGGAGGGCGCGGCACGGCGAGGACCGAGGCCGGGCAGCCACCGCCCGCUCCUUCCCGGAGGGGCUUUCCUGGAGCCGCUGCCGGGGUUCCCAUGGACACGCCCCGCGUCCUCUGACGAGUGCCGUCCCGACAGUUGCCAUUGCGAUUGGUGCCGCCCUCCUCGCAGCGCCCCCGAGCUCGGUGGCUUUGCAGGCGACUGUCCCCUCCUGCACACCCCGCACGUACCGCUGGCUGCCGCGGGUUGCAGAUGGUUGGGAGCGGAUCCAGAGCAGUGAGUGAGGUAUUUCUAAUGUCGACCUGUCAUCGGCCGUUGUGGACCGAAGGUGCCGUCUCGUCCUUCACCCAUUGUAAUGUACCUCUUUAAAACCUUUCUUACAUCUAACCGAGCUGUUUUCCUGUGCUGUAGGGGACUAUAUUUCAAUGGUAAUAUAGUCUCUAUUCUUUUCUCCAUGCCUGGAACUGCUGUCUGAAGGGGUUUGUUCAGAUAAAGGUUUAUGGAAUUGGAAGUUUACAGGCAAAGUGGAUCUUCUCCCAAAAUCACUUAAUGCAAGUAUUGCUGCUGCAGAGGUAGGAGCUGCAGCAGGCAACAGGCAUGAAUGGAGAAAUGAGAAAAUAGUAUUUUUUCAUGGGAACGGCUGCAGAUGGAGCCCUUAUUCAGCAAGAGAAUAGAGAAAGCAAGGAGAAUUGAAGGCAUAUCUCAUCAAAUAAGAUUGCUUCAGUGAGCUAGCACAAAUAGAGGUCGUUUUUUGGGCAGCAAAGUAUUAUCACGAAUCUACUGACAACUCGUGGGACUUUAGUGUAGGGUUUGUAUUUGUAUUCAGUGAAGGGUGAGCUGGCUCUUCCUUCAGGCAGUGCUGCUGGAUAUGACUCAAUUAAUUUGAAGACAUGGGAUACCGGUUUGUUGGUUUGUGUAUAACGUUUGCUCUUGUGCUUAAGUGCUAAAACCACCAUUCAUGUAAUUGCUUCUUCAUUUUCUUAAACACCUUUUGCUAUCCAUUAAAUAUUAAUAAAGACUUGAGUUUCUUGCAAUGUAUUUUUAAUCAAAUUGGCUUAUGUCAAUCUGGCUAAAAAGAUAAAGGUACUCAUACACCACAUGAGUGUAGAUCCCUUGGUAGGUGCAGUUGCCUGAAGUGUGAAAUACCUAAGAAUUUCCAGGUGGUUUAAUGGCUUUGAAACAGGACUUUAGGAGAUUUUCCUGCACCUGAUAAGGAAUCAAAAGAAAACCCCUUAUGGUGAGAAGUCAGUGCACACAUGUGCUUAGUGAAGGUGGCACAAGUUCAGUCAGUUCCGUGAGUUUCCAGGGGCGGGUGGUCUUUGUGUAAUGUUCAGGGAGAAUUGUCAGUCUGUACUUAUCCUGUUGAGACUGCUCGCAGCCCUCUGGUAAUUUCAGCCUGAUCUGGUCAGGAUUGGAGGAUUUUCCACAGAAGAGGCAAAGGAGCAUUCCUGUGGGGCCUGUCUUUCAGAGUGCAGGGGUAGCUGACUUAUUCCCCACUAUCUGUGGCUGGAAUUGCCACAUCUGGGUCUUUCAUAAUAACACUUCAGUAGCCUGACUGAUUUUAACCAAUCUAGCAGAAGAUGAGACUAUUUUUUGUGAGUUUAUUCAAGAUUGGUGGUUAGAAUCACCAGACCACAAAGCCUUCAUUCCUUCAAGCACAGGAGAGUUCAGGCUCCCACCCCCAGCAGUCAGGGGGCAGAUAAUCAAUCACCUAUUUCUACCUGGCUAACCAGCACUUGCAGUGGUUGAGGGAAGGAAGGGAAGAAGUAUUCGGGGUUUUUUUUUCUUUUAAAAGAAAUCAUGGUUUGAAUUCUAUCAAUGAUCUGUGCCCUUUAUUUGAUCUACAGUGACUGUUCCCCAAGGGAGAACAGGGUUCACACUUUGCAGUCAGUGAUUUCAACGAGCUGUUCAUUUAAAUCAGUGUCCCAGACUGAAUAGGGAAUUAUUUCUUUUUAACGUAACUUCAGAGUUUUGCAUAGUGCUUCAUCUUCAGCCUCAUAUUAAACUUGAUUCAAAAUCAACUUGUAUUUUUAAUAGAAAAUGCAAAUAAGCCACAUUAAGUUUCCAGAUAUGAAGGAAAAAUAAAAAGUUAAUUUCAUCUCUACAAAAGGCCUGGGCAGAAAGAGAAGUAGCAAGUUGUCUGUAUAAGCUGUGCUGAUUUCUGCCUAUUUUAAAUUUGUAUCAGGGACACACAUAAUGGAUCUGGGAUAUGCUCUAAUCUCAGUCUCUAUGGAAAAUCUCACUGAUUAAGAAAAGCAAGGUCACCAAAGACUGCAAACAAAUGAGUUGUGGGAGGGUUGGCAACACAUUUGUCAUACACUCAGUAUUUAGUUGGGAAAAUGAAAUUUUGGGCUAAGUAUUCCUGGGUUUUUUUGUUGUUGUUGUUCUUUAUUACUUCCCAUCUCCUGCCUUUCAUACGUGUUUGCCCUUCCACUUUCCAGACUCCCAAGUGUUGUGGUUCCCAGCUGAGCAGUCCUGAGGGAGCAGCUCUGUGCAGAACAGCCAUUUUGAGCUACAGGCUCAACAUCUAUUGUUUUUCUCCAGAGAGAUCCCUGAAUACAUUGCACAGAUAGCUCAUGGAAGAUGUAGAUAAUGAAGAGGUGUUUCCUCCCUCUGCCUUGGGAUCGAAUGUUUCUGUCACAGACCAGGGCAUUUCUCUAAGGAAAUGGAUACAUCUUCCCAAAAAUACCCAGUAAAAAAGCGAGUGAAAAUUCAUCCCAACACAGUAACAGUAAAAUACACCUCUCAUUAUCCCCAGCCAGGAGAAGAGGCAUGUGAGGAUGUUAAUGAAGAUACUGGAGUAUUUAUGGAGGAUAAUCCUAAAAGAAGACUACUGAAUGAUGGGAAAAAGAGAGAAAAGAUUUUCUUUGGUACAAUAGACACCAAGCCAACACAACUGCCAAAACCUGAUGAGAUUUCACAAUCCCAGCAAUUAUAUGAAGGAAAUGUACUGCAGUCCAGGAAAACAUGGGCAGUCCUUUUUGGUUCUGCCGUGGCUCAUGGAUGUGUGGCUCUGAUCACGAGAUUAAUUUCUGACCGUUCCAAAGUGCCAUCUCUGGAGCUGAUUUUCAUCCGCUCGGUCCUGCAGGUGCUUUCCCUCACUGCUGUGUGUUACCACCACGAGCCUCCCUUUGGCCCCAAAGGCUACCGGCUCCGGCUGCUCCUCUACGGGGUCUGCAAUGUCAUCUCCAUCACCUGUGCCUACACCUCCUUCUCCAUAGUGCCCCCCAGCAAUGGGACCAUCAUGUGGAGGGCCACCACCACAGUGUUCAGUGCCAUUCUGGCUUUUUUACUCAUAGAUGAAGGAAUGGCUUAUAUAGACAUAGUCACUGUCCUUGGCAGUGUGUUCGGUGUUUGUCUGGUCAUGAUCCCCAACAUUGUUAGGGAGGAGAACUCUUUGCUGAACACCUGGAAGGAAGCUUUUGGCUAUACCAUGACUGUCAUGGCUGGUCUGACCACUGCCCUCUCCAUGAUAGUCUACAGGUCCAUCAAAGACAACAUCAGCAUGUGGACAGCACUGUUCACUUUCAGUUGGACAGGAACAGUGUGGGGAGCAUCCACCAUGUUUCUGUUCCAAGAGCCAAUUGUCCCACUGGAUGGGGAAACCUGGAGCUACCUCCUUGCCAUCUGCCUGUGCUCCACUGCAGCCUUCCUGGGAGUCUACCAUGCCCUGGGCAAGUUCCACCCUGCUCUGGUGAGCACUGUGCAGCACCUGGAGAUCGUCAUUGCCAUGGUCCUGCAGCUCCUUGUGCUGCACAGCUUCCCACACACUUGGGAUGUGGUCGGAGCAGUGCUUAUUUUGGUGAGUGUUUUUUUCCUUGCGUGUUAUAAACUUUCCUGGAAGGAAUUAAGAAGGCAAGAUUAUCAAGAGAUUGUGGAUUUGUCCAUUAAAUGAGUGUCAGUUUUCAAUGUCUGAUUCUGGCUGUGACCAUGUGGAAGUGACUCCUUUCAGCUCCUGUAUCUGAGCGUAGUGGCCAGGCCUUCUCUCUACCAUUUCACUUCUCAGCUUGAUGUAGCAAUGUUGGUAUCUCCAGGUGCCUGUGCCAGGUGGAUUUGUUCUGCUGCACACAACCAUUCUGUCAUACCCACACAGGGUGCACAGCCAGCAUAGCCUGGCCCACUGAAAUGCAGGCCAAGCUCUUCCUGACCUUCUCUGGAUACAGCAAUACAGAGGGACUCAAAAGUGACUUUCAUUCAUGUGUGCUGUGGUAGUACAAAGAAGAGCAGCAAAACCAUUAAAACGGUCAAACCAAAUUGUCAUUUCCUCUGUAAUGCUUCCUUAAGCUUUGGCUGUCAUAUUCUAAAUGGAGUGGAGCAAUGCUAAAUUUCUGUGGCUAAAACUUGUGUUUCCUCUGUGUAUAAAGAAGUCAGUAAAACUU